AUAAGCCAUGCCCGGACUGUCGGUGCAAGGAUCGGUCGGUUCGGUGAGGAACCGUCAAGCGCGUUCCUAAAUUGCUUCACUUCACUUCAUUCGUUCUCAUAUUUCUUUUAUUUUUUUCUUUCUCGUUGUUUGCCAAACUUCAAAGCUCCGCAUACAUUUUUUGGAAUUUUUCAAAUUCAGGAAAAAUGGAAACUUUGGAUCGAGAAUGUGAAACUGCCGGAUGUGAAAAAGGGGCCAAGUUGCAGUGUCCCACGUGCAUCAAACUGGGAAUCCCGGGAUCGUUUUUUUGCUCUCAAGAAUGUUUCAAAUCAAAUUGGAAAAGUCAUAAAGUCAUUCAUGCUCUUGUAAGGUUAGAAGGAGAAGGCAAUGAAAAAAGCAACGAAUAUUGCCCAUGGCCUUACUAUAAUUUCACUGGAAAACUGAAGCCUUUUCCACAAACCCCAAAACGUACUGUACCUGCCGGUAUUGGUAGACCAGAUUAUGCAGAUCAUCCUCAAGGGUUCCCUCUAAGUGAACAGGCUGUCAAAGGAUCUGGACACAUUAAAGUCUUGGAUGAUGAGGAAAUAGAAGGCAUGAAAGUGGCAUGCAAAUUGGGAAGGGAAGUACUAGAUGAAGCUGCCAGAGUAUGUGAUGUGGGAGUCACUACAGACGAAAUAGACAGAAUCGUUCAUGAAGCUUGCAUUGAGCGAGAAUGUUAUCCUUCUCCUCUAAAUUACUACGAAUUCCCAGCCUCUUGUUGUACUUCAGUUAAUGAAGUUAUUUGCCACGGAAUACCUGAUAGUCGUCCCUUGGAGGACGGUGAUAUUUGCAACGUAGACGUCACUGUUUAUCACCGGGGCUUCCAUGGAGAUCUGAAUGAAACGUUUUUUGUGGGAAAUGUUAACGAUAAAGUUAAGGAUCUAGUCAAAGUAACAUAUGACUGCCUACAAAAAGCAAUAGAAAUCGUGAAGCCUGGUGAAAAGUAUAGAGAGAUUGGAAAUGUUAUACAAAAACAUGCUCAGGCACAUGGAUAUUCUGUAGUUAAAAGUUAUUGUGGGCAUGGGAUUCAUAGACUUUUUCAUACUGCUCCAAAUGUACCCCAUUAUGCAAAAAAUCGGGCAAUUGGUGUCAUGAAACCUGGUCAUUGCUUCACAAUUGAACCAAUGAUAUCUGUUGGUACAUGGAAAGAUGAAAUGUGGCCCGACAAAUGGACUGCCGUAACUGCCGAUGGACAAUGGUCAGCUCAAUUUGAACAAACUUUGCUAGUCAAUGAAACUGGUUGUGAAAUUCUGACAAGAAGAAGAGAAAAGAAUGGACAACCUCAUUUCAUGGACAAGAUGUGAAUGAGAAUGAUGAAGUUGUACAGAGUGAAACAAUUGUGUGUUCAAUUGAUUUUUCUCUAAUUUCUUUUACCUCUGUACAUAUUUAAGGAAGUGACAAUAGAUUCUUCCUGUGCAUGGCAAAAUUUCCAGUAAUUCUUUAUUUUAUUUUCUAGACCCACCACAGACAUAUAUUCUUCUUAUAUAAUUUCCUCCAAAGGUAUUGUGAAUUAUACUAACGCUAUAGAAACUGUUUGAAUAUUAAAUUAUUGUUUUGCACUUUUGAACUGUAUUAUUUCAAAAAAGUUAAUUCCUGAUAUAAAAAGCUUUAUAAGUAGUUUAUGCAAGGAAAAGGAUCCCAAGUUUUGUGAGAUUUUUCAACCAUUUUAUAUGAAUAAAACAAUUUAUGAAUUGAGAUUAUUUUUUUUUUAUUUAAAAAAGAAAAAUCAAAAAUACACAAAACAAGAACAAAAAAAUAACCUAUUUAUUAAAAUACAUUGAAAAAAUAACAUGCAUCUAAAUUAUAGCUAACUAGGCACAAAUGUUAAAAUUAUUACAUUAAUAUUGCCUCUUAAUUUAUUAAAUUAGGUGAUACCUAAUUGAGACAUUUUUAUAGUUUACAUAAGAAAAUUAUCCCCAAAAAGUAAAUUCUAAAAAUAACGUGUCAAGUCAUUGUGCACCGAUAAAAAUGUUAAAGAAUACAUUCUAAAAGUUUCAAAAUCACUUUUUAUCAUUCUAUAUUUAAAUAUCUAUAAUUACGUAUUCCUUAUUUGCAUUUUGAAUGCAAUUAUCGAAGUAAACGGGAAGAUAUUAACAAUGCAACUUUCAGGUUUAUUCAGGAAAUACCUUUUUGCUAAAUCUGAGAUUUUUUUAUAAACAUAAUCUUGAUAAGAUUAGCAAUUUAUUUUGACUUUUGCUCAAUAAAUAAUUGACAAAUUAAUUUUCUAAAACUAUUACCGUAAUAUCAGCUUUUUCGUUUGUCUCUAUAAAAAUCUCUAUGUAAAUCCGCUAUACAUAAUUUUCUAGGGCUACUUAUUUUUUCGUGUAUCACUAACAAUUUUUGGCAGAAACAUAACGUCAAUGUACCCUGUACAAAAUACAAAACAUUUUCUGGAAAUAUCGCGCCCUUUCAAUUUUUGCCGUUUUCGGACUUUAAAGCUGCAUUUUUAUCGUCACUAUCUUCGUCACUGAAAUCUUCAUCGUGAUUGUGGGUGAGCGAUUGAGGCGUUUCUGGUCUGAUGUGUGGGAUUUGACUUUGGGCACGUUCAA